GAGGAAAAAGGCUUUUGGUUGACCCCCUUUGACCCCGCUAUUAUUUGAUCCACUCACUGGAAGUCCUUUUUUCUCUUUCUUUCUUGCCUUACCGACAGGCUUUUGACCUUUCCUCCUUUCCGUCUCUUGACGCUUUCCUCCCCUCCCCUCCCUCCUCUCCUAACCAACACAUACACCCGACAAAAUGGUGUCUGCUUCCAAAGCCGCUCGUUUGGCAAAGCGUGGUGCCGAUGGCGACUCCAAGAAGAAGCUCGGCAAGGGAAAGAAGGGUGGUGCUGAGUCCCCCCAGGUCGACAGUGACGUCCCGACCGAUGAUCAGCCUGCCACCACGACCGAGAAGAUGAAGGAAGUUGAGAAGCUUACAGCACAGAUGGACAAGCAUGGCCUUUCGGAUCGUGUCACGACCGGUGUGCUCUCUUCCAUGGAAUCCUCUCGCGACGUCAAGGUCACCUCCGCUUCCCUGGUGUUCCACGGCAAGGUCCUUAUCACCGACUCCACUCUCGAACUGAACUUCGGUCGUCGUUACGGUCUUCUGGGUGAGAACGGCUGUGGCAAGUCCACCCUGCUGAAGUCUAUCGCCCAGCGUGAAUACCCUAUCCCCGAGCAUAUCGAUAUCUACCUGCUGAACGAAGGUGCUCCUCCUACUGACCUUGGUGCCCUGGAGUGGGUCGUCACUGAGGCUCAGAACCAGCUUGACCGGAUGGAGAAGCAGGCCGAAGAUAUCCUGGAAGAGCAAGGCCCCGACAGCCCUAUCCUCGAGGAUCUGUAUGAUCGUAUGGACAAAAUGGAUCCCUCUACGUUCCACACUCGUGCUUCCUUGAUCUUGACUGGUCUGGGAUUCAACAAGGUCACCAUCAACAAGAAGACCAAGGACAUGUCCGGUGGUUGGCGUAUGCGUGUGGCUCUUGCCAAGGCUCUGUUCGUCAAGCCUUCCCUGCUUCUGCUGGAUGACCCUACUGCUCACUUGGAUCUUGAGGCCUGUGUGUGGUUGGAAGAGUAUCUGAAGAAGUGGGAGCGCACGCUCGUCCUGGUUUCCCACUCCAUGGACUUCUUGAACGGUGUCUGUACCACCAUGAUUGAUAUGCGCAUGAAGCAGCUCCUGUACUAUGGUGGUAACUACGAUUCCUACCACAAGACCCGUAGCGAACAGGAGACGAACCAGAUGAAGGCAUACAACAAGCAGCAGGAAGAAAUUGCCCACAUCAAGAAGUUCAUCGCUUCCGCCGGUACAUAUGCCAACUUGGUCAGACAGGCCAAGUCGCGUCAGAAGAUCCUCGACAAGAUGGAGGCCGAUGGUUUCAUCCAGCCCGUUAUUCCCGACAGAAUCUUCAGCUUCCGCUUUGCCGAAGUUGAGAAGCUUCCCCCUCCCGUCCUGUCCUUCGAUGAUGUCAGCUUCUCCUACUCCGGCAACUGGGAGGAUACUCUGUAUGAGCACCUUGACUUCGGUGUUGAUAUGGAUUCCAGAACUGCUCUGGUCGGUCCCAACGGUGUCGGCAAGUCCACUCUGCUGCGCAUCAUGACUGGAAAGCUGCAGCCCAUUGGUGGUCGUGUCAGCCGUCACACUCACUUGAAGUUGGGCAUGUACAGCCAGCACUCUGCUGAGCAGCUCGAUCUGACCAAGUCGUCUCUUGACUUCGUUCGCGACAAGUUCCCCGACAAGAGCCAGGACUACCAGUACUGGCGUCAACAGCUCGGCCGUUAUGGUCUGAGCGGUGAGUCCCAGACUGCUCUGAUGGGCACUCUGUCUGAGGGUCAGAAGAGCCGUAUCGUGUUCGCUCUGUUGGCCAUUGAAUCCCCCAACAUGAUCCUUCUUGACGAACCUACUAACGGUCUCGAUAUCCCCACCAUUGACAGUCUGGCUGAUGCCAUCAACGCCUACAGCGGUGGUGUCGUCGUCGUGUCCCACGACUUCCGUCUCCUCGACAAGAUUGCCAAGGACAUCAUGGUCUGUGAGAACAAGACCGUUACCCGGUGGGAUGGUACUAUCGGCCAAUACAAGGACCACCUGCGCAAGAAGAUGAUUGACGCCGGUGCUGUCUAAGAAAAGGCACGGGAAAAAAUGAAGGAAAACGACGCUUCUUGUUAUGAUUGGAAUGUCUGAGACGACAAUGAAAACUCAAAAGCUGCAGGGGAGUUGAAAUCAAAAGUUUCUUACAGGAGAAAUGAUCCAUCCUGAGUGAUACAAUGACAUAGGCGGGGGACGGUUUUCUUUCUUACAUACAUAUCUGGAGAUAUCUGCUUCUGCUUGUUUGGGUUGCUUUAUUUUUAUUAGAUGGUCUGUCUGUGUUUCAUACCUCAUCCCCUGCUAGACCCCUCACGUUUCAGGGUUCAAUUUAUAUUCUUAUAUCUUUUUACACUUCUAUGAUUCCACCAUUUGUUAUAGACGUUAUGUAGGACUUUUGUUUUGAUGGUCAUAGGACCCUUUUAGCCUGCACUUAUGGUAGGGCUUUGUUUAAUGACGAAGGCAUGAAACAACUGAGCAGCAAAUUCAGCUGAACAUAGUCUAAUUAUA